AUGGGCUCUGACGCCGCCACCAUCGUCGACGAUCUUCGACGCCAAGCUGCGCGACGCGACGCGACGCGACGUCGUACGACAGGCGCCGCGACGCUCAUGGGCGUCGUGCACCCCUCGCUCGCUCAGUCCCUGCUCGGCGCGCGCCGUUCCGCCUCGCUCGCUCGCUCCCGCCUUCGCAUCAGUGAGAAGACAGGUGCAAGUUUUGCAGCUGUGUCAUCAGUAAUUACUCGCGACAUCGUCCUGGAAAAAAGGCGCUCGCUUUACUGUAUCACGUCUCUGCAUUAUUCUCAAAUUCCUGAUUUGGGCUUUACCCUUUGGUUUCUGUCUCGGCUCUUGGCCCGGCCUGCGCUGAUUUUUAGUCUUUUAAACUUGCACAGAGGUCUCGAUCUCUCUGUUUCUUUCUACCUCGUCCUUACCCCCGCCUUCGCUCUCGGCCACACCCUCGCCCUCGCCCUUGCCCUCGCCCUUGCCCUCGCCCUUGCCCUCGCCCUCGCCCUCGCCCUCGCCUGGCCCUCGCCCUCCGGCCCUCGCCCUCGCCCUCGCCCUCGCCCUCGCCCUCGCCCUCGCCCCUCGCCCUCGCCCUCGCCCUCGCCCUCGCCCUCGCCCUCGCCCUCGCCCUCGCCCUCGCCCUCGCCCUCGCCCUCGCCCUCGCCCUCGCCUCGCCCUCGCCUCUCGCUUCGCCCUUCGCCCUCGCCCACGCCCUCGUUUCUCGCCUUCCCCCUCGCUCUCGUUCACGUCCAACCGAAGAAGAAGAAGAAGAAGAAGAAGAAGAAGAAGAAGAAUAGUGUACGGCUGCUGGACACGAUCGCGACGACGGCGGACAGCAAGGACUGCCCGGGGUCGUGCGUGCACAUGCUGGCGUCGCUCAUCUGCGACGAGGUGCUGGAGGACGUGCCGUGCCCGUCGCCGUCCAUGCGCUGCUGCGCCGACCCGCCCCCGCGCCCGCCGGGCAACGCGUCGGCGGCGGUGCCGCCCCCGGCCGCGUCUCCCGCGGCGCCCGCGCGCCCGGCCGCGCCGCCCCGCCAGCAAGCCGCCCCGCAGCGGCCGCCGCGCGCCCUCCAAGCCCGCCCCGGCAAGCCGCAGACGCCUGAUCCUCCACAGAAAACCAAACCAGGUUCUCACAAAGAAGAGUCUGUGAAGUCGUGCCCCGGCGUGUGUGUGGCGGAGCGCAUCGCCGAGUACUGCGAGGCCGUGCUGGCCAGCGACGACCUGUGCAAGGCCGGCCUGCGCUGCUGCGUGUCGCGCGACGUGUACAGCGACGGCGACCUGCCGCCCAACCUGGUGGUGAUCGAGCGCAACGGCAGCCGGCCGUCGUCGGCGGCGUCGGCGGCGGGCACCACGCCCCGCCCCACGCCGCGGCCCGCGCCGCCGCCCGCGCAGCCGCCGCAGCCGCCCAAGCGCCCGCCCAAGCCCUGCCGCGGACAGUGCGUCAGCGGGUUCUUCGCGCUGUUCUGCGACGCGAUCGACGCCGAGGCCACGUGCUCGGACGAGGGCACGUGCUGCAUCUCGGAGGGCCCCGAGGCGGGGUCGGGCCCCGGCGGCGGCGGCGCCGCCGCCUGCCGCGCCGCGCGGCCGCCCCCGCCCCCCCCCCGACCACCGGACUCGGCCGCGCCCCCACCACCGACCCCGGCGCCGUGCUGGCCAGCACCUCCAGACUCUGCCGCGCUGCCCGGGCUUCUGUCUGCUCAAACAUAUAUGGCGGCGGUCUGUGCGAGCGGGCCGGUCCCUGGUGCUCAUCCCGUACACGUCCAACUGCCAGCGCGGCUCGGUGUGCUGCGACAACACGCGCUCGGCCAGCGCCGCCGCCCCCGCGCCGCCGGCGCCGCGGCCCCGCCCGCGCCCGCAGAGCACCACCAGCACCACGCCCCCGCCGCCCGACGACCGGCCCGACUGCCCCGGCUCCUGCAUCGUCUCCUACCUCUCCUUCACAUGCUUCCGAUAUUUUUAGAUAUUUUACUAUUCUUGUGCACCGUCGAUGCAUGUGAAACGUUGCCUACUUCUGACACGACGAUGUACCAGUUCGUCAGAACGAACUCUGCUCACUCUGGGCCGCCUCCUGUGCUUCCAGGCAAUGCGGAGAUGUCUGACCUGUUCAAGUGCCGCAAGGCAGGCACCCAGUGCUGCGCGCCCAAGACGCUGGUGCGGGAGCUGCAGGCGGAAUUGAACGGCGGCAAACACGCCGCCGCCGGCGCCGCCCGGAACGAGACAGUGGCCGGAGGAGACCACAGGCCCACGCACCCGUCCCGCCCCGCGCACCUCGGCCCGCACAGGCCGCACGGUACAACACAUAGUUCAACAACAUCUAGACCUCCUGUGUACAGCAAAUAUAUAUGUGGAGUCAAAGGUACAGCACGUGCCCAAACAAGACUAGGCCGUGUAGUCGGUGGAGAAGAUGGUGAUCCAGCUGAAUGGUGUUGGCAAGUUGCAUUGAUUAACUCAUUAAAUCAGUAUUUAUGUGGUGGUGCUCUUAUUGGCACACAAUGGGUCCUUACAGCAGCACAUUGUGUUACCAAUAUUGUACGGUCAGGGGAUGCAAUUUAUGUAAGAGUUGGAGAUCAUGACCUGACUCGAAAAUAUGGAAGUCCUGGAGCCCAAACUCUACGAGUAGCAACUACCUACAUCCAUCAUAAUCACAACAGUCAGACACUAGAUAAUGAUAUUGCACUGCUCAAACUUCAUGGACAAGCAGAACUCAAAGAUGGUGUUUGUUUAGUUUGUUUGCCAGCUAGAGGUGUUAGUCAGGCAGCAGGCAAACGUUGCACUGUUACAGGAUAUGGUUACAUGGGAGAAGCUGGUCCUAUUCCUCUGAGAGUUCGAGAGGCAGAAAUUCCAAUUGUUAGUGAUGCUGAAUGCAUUAGAAAAAUAAAUGCAGUUACAGAGAAAAUAUUUAUUUUACCAGCAAGCAGUUUCUGUGCUGGAGGUGAAGAGGGAAAUGAUGCUUGUCAGGGUGAUGGAGGAGGACCCUUAGUGUGUCAAGAUGAUGGAUUCUAUGAACUUGCUGGACUUGUAUCAUGGGGAUUUGGUUGUGGGCGACUGGAUGUACCUGGUGUGUAUGUCAAAGUGUCAUCAUUCAUUGGUUGGAUAAACCAAAUUAUAAGUGUUAAUAAUUUGUAGGACUCAGUGUAAAUCAUCAGUCUCUAAUCAUGAGAGUUUGUUGUGACAUCUUGUAUAUACUCCAUCUGUAAUUUAUAUUUUUUAAUUCUCAUAAUUAUGACAUACAUAGAAGGGGUCAAAAGUCAAUUCACUGUUUCAAAUACAUGGCAAAAUUUUCCUGCCUGAAAAUCAAAAUUAGAUUAACAGAUAGUUUUCUCAAAACUCAUUGAGAGAUGUAAUGUAUUGUAGAGGAUGAAAUUCUUUUUUCUGCUGUACAUGACUGAAUGAGCUGGGCAGGCAUGUUCACAGAAAUUUGGGACUGGGAUACAACUAAAAUAUACAUGCUCCAGUAUUUUGGCCAUUUUAUUUUAGUCAUGGAGGCCUUGGCAUGCAAAUGCGAAUUCACUAUUUAUAAGUUUUCAUGAAAGACAUUCAUUUUCAUUCAUGGGAAGUCAUACCUUAUUGUUGAGGAACAGUUGUGUUUGUGUACAGCAAGAACAAGAAGUAGAAGAACAACGCAACAUUAAGCAAGAAUCAAGUUUUCUCAGAUUCCCCAAGAUAUUCAUUCUAUAAAGAUUGAAAGUGAUAUUGUAAGUACAAUGAAGUGCCAAAAUGUGAAUAUAAACAAAAAUAUUCAGUAUUCUGAUUUUUAUGUAAUACAUCUUUUAGAACAAAGGCCAUGAAAAAUAUAUGUUGUUCUCCAUAAGAAACAUUACAUGGACUUUACUCUUAAUUGUGGGUUUUGAGAAAAUCUGAGAAACAUUUGAUUAACUUCAUAAAUUCAUCCUUUUAUGAACAAUUCUUUUCAUGUAAAGUGCAGUGUGCUCUGUACAACAAAAUUUCAGUGAACAGCUACAAUAUUACAUUUACACAUAGAGAAAAGAGUAGGUGAUAUCAGAAUUAUUUAUAAAUUUAUCAAUAGUCUGUGCCAUGUCUCUUGAGUUUCCAGGUUCAGAAAUUUCCAUUCCUUGCAUAACAUAAUCACAUUAUUCAGAAAAUGGUACAAAAACUCAUUAGAAUCUUUUCAUAAUCUAAAAAUUAAUGAUGGCAAAGACCAAUUUUGCAGUUAUCAUUCAUUGGCAUACUGCCAAGAAAACACUUAAUGUAAAUCUGCAUUAUGUAUGCCUUCUGAAUUUGCUGGCAGCAGCACGUAAUUAAAAUAUGCACAGGAGUGAUGAGUGAUAGGUGUUGCUCUUUCAAAUAUGUGACUUAUUAGUUUGAUCAAGAAUUUUUAAAUUAAAUUUUAAGAGUUAAGAUAACAUUACUCAUUUAAGACUGUUAUUUUUAUUGAAUAAGGUGUUAACCUUGGUUUUGCCCUUUAGAAAAGAGAAGGACAAAGCAGUAAAUGAAAUGUUUAUCUAGUGAUUUCUCCAUGUCACUUGUGAUAUUCUUUUGAUGUGUCAAAAUAUUACUGUGAAAUAUUUUACACAAUAUGAUUAAUAAAAAUUCAUUUGGCAGUGUUAGCUUAUUCAUGAAAGCUUGUUCAUGAAAGUGAAACCUCUUUUAUGUAUUUUCCAUUAUACCAAUAAAUUUACAUUUCUUUCAUAAAGUUGCUUAGUUACCAUAUUCAUAUGACCAUUGGUUUGUGUGUUCACAAAAAAAUCCUGUUAUUCUAAGAAUUGUUUAUUUAAUUUAGUAUUUAGUGAAAGUAUGCAGCUUUAGUCUUUACUGCUUUAAAAGUUCUAAUCAUCUUAAUUUUCCCAGUUUAAUGUUUAUUUUGAAAUGAUGAUUAUUAAAGAAAACAUCCAUUAUCCCAUUCAAGUUAAUAAAAGGGUUCGUAUUGUAACUUUAGUGAAGGUGAAAAUUCUUCAUACUGACAGAAGUAUGUUAGUAACGUGUAAAUUGGUGUAAAGAUCAUACUGUUGCUGUUCUAAGUUAAAAUAAGGGAUAUUUUUAAAGUAAGUAAAGUUAUUGGAAGAAUUUUCAUUUUCUGAAUAAGUAAGUAAUAGAAUCAUAAUAAUAAUUAUGCUUUUAAAUUCAGUACACCUAAUGUGAAAUAAUAAUUACAUUAUAUAUUUUGCGAAUUAUAGUGCUUGCACACUGCAUGAGAAAGAAGCACUGAUAUUAAAAUUUUAGUUGAUAUUAAUUUUUUCUGAAUGUGCAUCCUUACAAAUAUUUAUAUUUACACUUAUUAAAAUCUUGAAACUGGUCGUUCCCUAAGCUUUUAAUCUGGUAAACUCAAUGUCUCAAUGAUUCUCUUCAUGUGAAUGUGAGAAAUGGAUGUGAAAUCUUCGAGACAUUGUUAGCAUGUUAGAUCUGUGGAUUUGGAGGCUAGUACAUUGAAUGGUAUGGUGAGCAGCAGGAUAUUCUCAUAAAGAGAGCAUCAGCUCUCAGACUUUAUCUGGUGCAGUCUUGAAAGUGGUGUUAUGAUUCUAGGCUUUCUAAAAAAAUUAAAUGAAAAUUUCUUUUAGCACAUCUUCAGAAAAACAUCACACAUAUUUAAUGACUAUUGUCAUAUAACAUGGUGAAAUAGUCUGAAGCAUGCCAUUCAUUUGUCCAAUUACUAGAAAUAUUUUUACAAACAAAUGCCUUCAUUAACAAAUAGAAUAUACAUAUUCUAUCUGUACAAAUUAAUUCACCUCAAAUAAGUUGAUUAAUUCAUGGAUGUGUACAUAGCAAAAGCUCUCCUUAUGGACACAUGGGGAAAAGUUUUCAGUGGGUUGUGUCCAAGGUGGGAAGGUGUUCUACUUCUUACCAAAAAUUAAAUAUUUUAAUUUAGAGGAAAUGAUUUUAUGUAGUACAUGUUUUUUAUUAAUACUGUUUAAUAUAUGCAAUUUAUUAAAAAGCAUAAUGUGUAUGUUACAUGUUUUUUAACAAAAAUUGCUCAGUGGAAAUGCAGUACAGUCCCAACUUUUACAUGAUAUUUUAAGUCUACAAAUUCUUGCCAUGGCACCAGAAGCCUCAAUAACAAGUCUUUAUUUAUGUGCAGUGAAUAUUAUUUAUAUUGAUAUUUAAAAAUCUUCAAUUGUUAUGAAUAAAUUAUGAUCUGAAAAUAAAUUUGUCACUAGCAUUUCCCUUUAUAUGAUAUGUGAGUUCUACAAUCUUAAUUAAGUUUUGAAAAAUUUCCCAUCAUGCAGAACAGGACGGACUUUUGCUGUUGUACUACUUUCUACAUUAGGCUGUGUGAAACGGACAGGAAUAAUAAUGAUAAUAAUUAUAAAGUCAGUGUUGUAGUGCUGAAAAGUGAGGUAGAGGAACUUACAUGCGUUAUCCGGGGGGUGGCAAGACUGUUUGUAGCUCCCACAAUGCACUAAAUUCAGUAGGGUAUAUUGCACUUACCAUCAUAUAAAAAUUACUCAUUAAUAUCAUAAGUCAUAGAAUAUUUAAUAUUUUAUUUAUUUUGUAUAUAAUAAUGGAAGAUAUUUAUCAAUCCAUACCAAUAAGUUGAUCACAAAUUUUGUCUUUUUAUUGUGAGAUUUUAAGUGAAUUAUUUUCACAGCACCACGUUUAUUUGCAGACAUUAGUGUAUAUGCAGUGCCGUCUGCAUGUGGCAACACCAGCUUCUAUUCCAUGUUCUUAUAAAAAAUGACAUUUCUGCAUAUUUUUAGGAAUUCAGUGGUAGUUGCCAGCAAUAAAUAAACUCAUAAUACAAGUGACAGAAUGUUUACAGGUAGAACUACAAUUAAGAAUAAAUUUGACAUAAAAUUAUUGUAAGCAUAGUAAUUUGUCUCCUCUUAAUAAUUAUGUGGAGAGAUUUAAGAGUAAAUGUGAAAGUACUAUUUGUUGUGGAAAUAUGAAUUUAGUUUUUCCCAAUUGAGGACAGUUAGUUAUUAUUUUGCAUAUAACUAGAAAGCUUUGUUCUCUGUAAAUGUCAUUUCUAAGGAGUAUGUUGAAUGCCAAUACAUAUAUUCACGCUUUUUGCGUAACAACUCAGAACUCAACGUUGAGUUCUGGCAGACCACCAUUGUGCAACAAAACUUAUCUCAAAAAUAACAAGAUACAUUCAGUCACAAGCUUUAAAGAAAUAAAAUACCAUCACAGCAUAACAUACAAAAGUUGGACAGUAUAUGUGUGAAAGUAAAUCACCAAUACUGUUAUUUUAGAAAAGAACUGCUUUAUUGCAGUAAGACACACUUCAAGCUCUCAUCAUUCAAUUGGUCAGACCACAUUCAUAAUUAUUUACAAGCAGACUUGCUCAGUGAUGCUUUUAUGCAUCACACACUUCAAUGUUUGACAAUUAGUACAAAGAUUAAGACAAAUAAUAAAACUCAGUUGAGAGUGUGUAUGUGUGUCUAUGUAUGGUGUGUGAAGAGUUCAUGAAGUUAUUGAAAUUUGAUGUGGGUUAAUAUUUAACACCCAACAGUCCAUGUGGGUAUUCUGGAUUAAAAGAGGACUUACAGUUUUGGUCUCUUAAGUUCAAUGAAAGUAAAUCUGAAAAUAUAAUUCAAAUUUGA